CUGGCCCCUUCCGCGACCUGUAGCGCGGCGGAGCAAGCGCAGAAGGCUGGGAGGGCUGCGCGGACUGCGCGUGGCCAUGGAGCCCGACGGGACCUACGAGCCGGGCUUCGUGGGUAUUCGCUUCUGCCAGGAAUGUAACAACAUGCUGUACCCCAAGGAAGACAAGGAGAACCGCAUUCUGCUCUACGCGUGCCGGAACUGUGAUUACCAGCAGGAGGCCGACAACAGCUGCAUCUAUGUCAACAAGAUCACGCACGAAGUGGACGAACUGACCCAGAUUAUCGCCGACGUGUCCCAGGACCCCACGUUGCCGCGGACCGAGGACCACCCGUGCCAAAAGUGCGGCCACAAGGAGGCUGUGUUCUUCCAGUCACACAGUGCGCGGGCCGAGGCGCUGCUGGGUCCAAAUCCUUCCUAACCAUGCAUCAUUUCUGCCAGGACGCCAUGCGCCUGUACUACGUGUGCACGGCCCCACACUGCGGCCACCGCUGGACCGAGUGACCUCCUCUCUCCCCCGAGUGUAAUAAACACCAGAUUCCAUGCGUGA